CUAGCUAAUUAAGGAACUAAGAGCUGAGUAGAGAGUAGUAUUAACCUCAACACACUGGCCACCAGCUUUUGUGUUCUACUUUAUAAUAAAGCAAAAGUAGGAAUAAAAAGGAAAACUGAAUAGAUAGGAAAGAGAAAGCAACAUAAGCAAAGUUCCUCAACCCCAUCUCUAUAAAAUACUGUGAGACCCCAAAGCUUUAAGUUUCUUCAACAGCUAGUAUAAGAAAGCAAAACAGAACUCUCAAACCUUUAGCCAAGCCUUGUUUGGGUGUGCAUACAAGGAAAUAUCACAAAGUGCAGAAAAUGAUGGCUGGCAACCCUAACUGGUGGAGCAUGCAUCCACCACCUUUGAUCCCACCCCAAUACGUGCUUCCUCCUUCUUCAAUUCCUUUUAAUUCUUUGACUGAAAAUCCUGAGCCUCCUCAGUCAUGGAGCCAACUGCUUUCUACUGGAUUACCGGGAGAAGAAGAGAAACUUGGUUUCAGUCAUUUUCAGCCGAAAAACUGGGAUGUUCAGUUUCUUAAUACUGCUUCUAGAGUUCCUAUUCUUGAUGUAAUAAAGCAAGAAGUUUCUCAAAGGGGCAAUUUGUACGACCAUGGACUUGAGGAGUUUCAGGCUUCUGGACCAGCUGGCUCAUCUUGGUCACACAUGGUGCCAGUUUCUUCUCCGGGGUCUUGUGUCACUAGCUUGAGUAGUAAUAAUAUAUUGGAUUUCACUUAUAACAAGUCAGAUCAUAGGAACAAUCUACUACAAGACCAAAUAUCUGAGUGUAAUAGCACAGCCACAGUUGCAGUUUGGAAGAAGGCUAGGGUUCAGCCAUCUUCAAGCCAAGCACCUCUCAAGGUGCGGAAGGAGAAGCUAGGAGAUAGAAUAACAGCACUUCACCAGCUAGUUUCUCCGUUUGGAAAGACUGACACAGCUUCUGUGUUGUUAGAAGCCAUUGGAUAUAUAAGGUUCCUGCAGGGUCAAAUUGAGGCACUCAGCUCUCCUUACUUGGACAAUGCAUCAAAUUCAAAAAACAUGAGGAAUCAACAGUCUGUACAUGGAGAAAGAAAUUCUGUUUUUCCAGAGGACCCGGGUCAGCUGUUGAAUGACAAUAAUGGCCUGAAAAGAAAGGGAGCUCCAAACCAGGAUGCAGAAGAAAAACCAAAGGACUUGAAGAGUAGAGGGUUGUGCUUGGUCCCAGUGUCUUGUACCCAACACGUUGGAAGCGAAAAUGGGGCCGAUUACUGGCCACCUGCAUACGGCAGAGGAUUUUAACAUUUCAUAUGUUAAGUGCUAGCUGGAAUUAAUAUUUCAUAUUUGUGGAUUAUAUGAUAUAACAUCGUGAACACUCAAUCUCUAAUAAUCAAAAGGCUGAUUGCUCACGAUGCUAUAUGCCAUUCACUCCAUGGAAUUUUAUAUAUCCUUUCUUAAAUCAUCAUGUACUUACUGGCUAGCUCUCAUCUAGUUAGGAUAACUUUUUUAAGAUUUCUCUAAACUUUAAUCAAUCUGUACUAUGUUCGUGCUUCUUCUAAAUAUGCAUCUUGACUUUCAAAGGAAAAAGAAAUAUGCACUGUGCGGAUCUCAUAUUCUUCCUUA